AUGGAUUCCAGCUCGGUCAAGCAGUCGGUGAUGAAGCAGGUCCUCGCGGAGUCGAACCUUGCCAACGCCCGGGUCCUUAUCGAGAAACUCCAGGAGAGCUGCUUCGACAAGUGCGUGCCCAAGCCCGGCACCUCCAUCUCCAGCAGCGAACAGACGUGCCUCACGACGUGCAUGGAAAAGUACAUGGCGGCUUGGAACCAGGUCAACUCGGCCUACAUCAAGAGGAUACGACAGGAGCAGGCCAACCAGUAA